GAGGCGCUAUAGCCAUAUCUCCACUUUACAAAAAAACGGGAGAAGUAACGGGGCACUGUCUAGAGAGAACAAAUCAAGCCCAAGCUGUGCAAACAGUCUCUUCUCUUAGUCUCUCCGCGGCGUCGGUGUGAAUGCGGCCGAUGCACGGCAGGCUGAAGCGUUUGGAGGCUCGUGUCCAGUUGAAAUCCUCCGCUCUCCCCCUCUCUCGAGUAUAUGUGGAGCUCAAGCGACACUUCUAUGAGAAUCCCCGCUGAACGGCGAGACGAAGUUUGCUUGUUAUCUUAUACCGGGGGUGCUGGGGCGAGUCGAGGCGAGAGAGAGAGGGUGAAAGAUGGUUUUGAACAGCCUCUCGUGCGUCCUGGCUUGGAUCUGCUUGGCUUGUAUCUCGUCUUCUCCGUGCAAAGCUCGGAUUUACACCAACCACUGGGCUGUUCGGAUACCCGGCGGACCCGAGCAAGCUGAACAGAUCGCCAGUAAAUAUGGAUAUAGAAACCUGGGCCAGAUUGGUGAUCUGAAGGACUACUACCAUUUCUUCCACAGCCGUACGAUAAAAAGGUCGACGCUUUCCAGCAGAGGCACACACAGCUUCAUCUCCAUGGAGCCAAAGGUGGAGUGGGUCCAACAACAGGUAGUGAAGAGGAGAACAAAGCGAGAUUAUAAACCCUCAUAUCCUGGUCCAGUACAGUCCAGUAUGGCCCAAUCCAACUCCAUUUACUUCAAUGAUGCUAAAUGGAGCAGUAUGUGGUACAUACACUGUAAUGAUAACAUCCAUAACUGUCAGUCUGAUAUGAAUAUCGUUGGUGCGUGGAAGAGAGGCUACACGGGUAAGGAUGUGGUGGUCACCAUUCUGGAUGAUGGGAUUGAGAGAAAUCACCCAGACCUCAUACAGAACUAUGAUAAUGAGGCCAGUUAUGAUGUGAACGGUAACGACAUGGAUCCCAUGCCCAGAUAUGAUGCCAGUAAUGAGAACAAGCAUGGCACGAGAUGUGCUGGUGAAGUGGCAGCGUCCGCCAACAACUCUCACUGCACAGUGGGCAUCGCUUACAAUGCCAAGAUUGGGGGUGUCCGCAUGUUGGACGGAGAUGUGACGGACAUGGUAGAGGCCAAAUCACUUAGUUUACAUCCUCAGCACAUAGAUAUUUACAGUGCCAGCUGGGGCCCAGAUGAUGAUGGCAAAACUGUAGAUGGACCCGCUUCCCUUGCCAGACAGGCUUUUGAAAACGGCAUCAGGCAGGGCAGGAAGGGGCGCGGCUCAAUCUUUGUGUGGGCAUCAGGAAACGGUGGACGGAGUCGUGAUCACUGUUCAUGCGAUGGCUACACUAACAGCAUCUACACCAUCUCCAUCAGCAGCACGGCAGAGAGCGGCCGCAAGCCCUGGUAUCUAGAAGAAUGUUCCUCCACCCUCACCACCACCUACAGCAGUGGAGAGAACUAUGACCGCAAAAUCAUCACAACAGAUUUGCGGCAGCGUUGCACAGACAGUCACACUGGAACAUCAGCUUCAGCUCCGAUGGCAGCAGGGAUCAUCGCUCUUGCUCUGGAGGCAAAUCCUUUCCUGACGUGGAGAGAUGUGCAACACAUUAUUGUGAAGACAUCUCGUGCUGGUCAUCUCAGUGCCCCUGACUGGAAAACCAAUGCAGCUGGUUAUAAUGUCAGUCACCUGUAUGGCUUUGGGCUAAUGGACGCAGAGGCCAUGGUGAAAGAAGCAGAGCGCUGGAAACCGGUUCCUUCUCAGCACAUAUGUGUCGAGAAUGCAGAUAAACAAAUCAGAACCAUCCGUCCAGAGCAUGUUGUUCGGUCCGUAUACAAGGCAACAGGCUGCACGGAUAAUGCAAACCAUCAUGUUAUUUAUUUGGAGCAUGUGGUCGUACGUAUAACAAUUACGCACCCUCGAAGAGGAGACCUAUCAAUCAACUUAACCUCACCAUCAGGGACAAAGUCACAGCUGCUCGCAAACAGGCUGUUUGAUCACUCAAUGGAGGGCUUUAAGAACUGGGAGUUCAUGACCACACAUUGCUGGGGAGAGAAAGCCACUGGAGACUGGAUACUAGAAAUCUACGACUCUCCCUCCCAACUCAGGAGCCAGAAAGCACCAGGCAAGCUGAAAGAGUGGUCACUGGUGCUUUAUGGCACCUCUGUGCACCCUUACUCGUUCCGCAGCGACAAGCCUCGCUCAUUGGCCGAGCCUCAGCCUGAGGAUGAGUAUAGUGAGGAAUAUGGUGGCCCCUGCCACCCAGAGUGUGGUGAGAAUGGCUGUGAGGGCCCCGGACCCCAGCAGUGCAUCACCUGUCUGCACUACUUCCUCAAGUUCAAGAACAACACCAGAACGUGUGUGCCUGAGUGUCCAUCUGGGUUUUUCCGGGACGAUAAGAAACGCUGUAAGAAGUGCUCUACACUCUGUGAGUCUUGUGUUGGCAGCCGUAGCGAUCAGUGUUCCACCUGCCGGUCGGGGCUGUACCUGCUGGAGGGAGCCAACACCUGCAUAAGCUCCUGUCCUGAUGGAUUCUACCUGGACCGGGACUACAGCAUGUACCGGAAAUGCAGCGAGAACUGUAAGAAAUGCAUCUCGGCCAACAUCUGCACAGAAUGCAAGACUGGGCUCAGUCUACAGGGGAAUAAGUGCCAGUUGAGCUGUGAUCCUGGGACCUAUUACAAUGGGCACAGACGGGCAUGUGAGAAGUGCCACACGACUUGUGCCACCUGUGCAGGAACUGGCAUGGAAGCAUGUAAUGAGUGCGCUUCAGGCUAUUACUUUGAGGAGUGGCGCUGCGUCUCCAGCUGCAAUGUGGGAUACUACUUGGCGGAGCAAACAACAGACAACGGAGAUGUCCACAAAUCCUGUCAAAAGUGUGAUCCUACCUGUUACGUCUGCACAGGGGCCGGGGAGAGGAACUGUAGCACAUGUGUUAGUGGAUAUAACCUGGAAAAUGGUGUGUGUGUCAUCAGCACCAUCUGUAAAGAUGCAAAUGAAGAAUCGUGGGCUGAGGGAAGUUUCUGUGUGCUUGUGAAAAAGAACAAUCUGUGCCAGAGGAAGGUUCUGCAGCAGCUCUGCUGUAGAACAUGUUCUCUAAUGGGCUGAAGGAACUUUCCGGCCCCACUUGCCGCUAAUGUUCCGCUAAUUUAUAUUCCAGUUGAGAGCCUUCAAUAUGGGACUGCACAGUGAGGUUUCUCGAUGCCAGAACUACAACAAACCUACCUUUUAUCUCUGUGCGUGCGUGUGUGUGUGUAUGCCUGUGUGUUUGAGAGAAACUGUCAGGGUGGUACAACUGCGAUCAGUAAUAAACAACAAAUCAUACAUGUCAGUAUUUUGUGACCAAAGCAUGGAUGCCAAAUUUUUUUACCUUUUCUUUUUUAAUAUUUUUUUUUUUUUUAUUGUUUUGGGUCCAAUUUGGAAAGACAUGCUGAGCGAGUUUGGUGUCGAAGCGGCGUUUCUUGAAUUUUUUCCACAAAUUUUGAGUAUGAUGAAAAUGAUCAAAGCCAGUUUGUGCAUAUUCUGAAUAAAUCACUCUCUGAGAACCUCAAAGAGUUCCAGCAAGACCUCUUUGAGCAAAGUGAAGGGUACAGCUUCACCCAUUCUUCACUGCAGUAAAACUUUAAACUGACACUGGAGGUACAAACAGUAUUUCCUGAAACACAGGCAUUUGUUGUCUGGAAGUUAAAUGACCUGCCAGUAACAGCAAUUCGGCAAAGGCGCAGCAAGAGAUAGAUUUGAUUGCUGUCACGUCAGGUUAAAAAAUUCUUCACCUCAGGCUCAAAUCUCAUACAGUGUUUUGCGUGUGUGUGUGUGUGUGUGUGUGUGUGCGUGCGCGCAUGAGUGUUUUUCAUCAUUAUUGCAUAAGUGAAAAAAUGGUUCAAGGUUUAUUGAAAUCUAAACUUAACCGCACCAGGUGUUAGUGUAAUUCUGAAGAUAACAAAUCAAUUUGGGCUAAAGAUGAUGCAAUUACAGGUUUUAGUCAUGGCGCUUAAGAUGGGGUAUGAAGCAUCCUUUGUCUUUCCAGGUCUCAUAAUAUACCCUCAAGAUGUUUUCAAAAUAACUUUCUUUUUUCUACAUGCAUUAUUUUAUCUAUCCCUUUCAUAAACCAACUAUAAACCACUAUAUUAAUCCUGAAUAUAAAUCUGAAACAUUCUGCUUGGUUUUUUUAAACCUAAACAUUGAAACAUGUGUUAAUAUGCAGGACAUUUAGAGAAGUAUUACAAUGAUCUGACAUUUGAGCCAUGCACCAUUCAUACGUUCAGCCUUUAAAACACUCUUAUCUGGAAUUUCAGACUUUAUCCCUUGGGACUGUUCAUGCUCUAUUGAAUUAUAAUGCAAAUUCAAAUUUAAACUGCUGCAUUUUAAUCAACUUUAAUGGGCACCUAAAAUAGUUCAUUAUUCUGGGUCUUUAUGAUAGUUGGUUAUGAUGGAUUAUAAUGCAUAAUACUAUAUUUCACUAAAAAAAGCUUUUACUGCAGACGUAACUGGUGCUAUUGUUUGAAAUGCGUUUUGAAUUAGAAUUAGAAUUUUCAAAAGGUGUUUUUCUCAUCCAUAUUUCAUUGAUGACAUCGGCCAUAUUUAUGUACUUAUUGCAGGAUCCUGGGAAGAGAAAAAUACCUGAGGGGGAUUUAGGAUAUUACAUUAAGGACAAGUCAGAAACGAGGUUAUGAGUUUAGUUCUACUAAUAGUACUACACAACACAAAUUAGACUUCUACAUUCAUUACAUUCAUGUUUGACCUAUCCACUUUUGCUCAAUGUUAAGGGGAUUUCGAUGUCUGUUAUUUAUGAAUGAUGUGGUUUAGGAUGACGUAGCCUUUUAUUUAUGAUAAAGAUUUAUAAAUGAUCAUAGUUCAAAUGAGUUUUGUUUUAUGUAUGGGACUGUCCAGCCACCUCGUGUUAAUUUGUGUAUUCAUGUCGCAAAAACAUAGUUGUAGUAUGAUCUUGCGUUUCUACGGACUCGAUACAUGCAACAUUACAUGUUAUAACAACUAAUGUUAUAUAGGAUUACAUGAAUCAGUCUGUUGAAAUGUGUUACAUUUACUCUGUUCUGGCAAUGUUUUUUCUUAAUGUAUAUAUGUAUUCUUAUCACUAUUAACCUUAAAAUAUAUUUUGCACCCGUGUUCAAUUGAAAUAAGGGAGAGAUGAUGAUCAAGUUUUCUUUUUUAAAUUAUUUUAUAUUUCUGUUUUUUUAACCAGCUGCCAUGAACAGUUAGUCUAUAUGAAGAGUUGUUGUAGCAAGGGCCACACAAAUGUUUUAUUAUGUAGAGAAGACUGGACAAAACAAAUGGUUUACUGAUCUUUUUAAUAAUGAACUUUAAAAUAAAAAGACUCCAGAGAG